AUGGGCCCACCGCAGCUGUGGCUGCUCCUGCUGCUCAGCAGUGGUGCCCUGGCACAGCAUGAGAGGUCAGAAGGUGAAAAUCCAGCUUGCUCAAGAGACACAACCAAAUUUAAGCACCUCAGAAAUUAUGCCUUCAGCUAUGAAGCAGAAACAACAAGUGGAGUGUCAGGAACAGCAGAUUCACGGACUGGCUCCAAAAUUAGCUGCAAGGUUGAGCUGGAGGUCCCACAACUAUGCAAAUUUGUGUUGAAGACAAGCCAGUGUAGCCUCCGAGAAGUGUCCGGCAUUGACCCUGAGGGAAAGAUUUUGUUGAAGAAGUCAAGGAACUCAGAUGACUUUGCCACUGCCAUGUCCCAGUAUGAACUAAAAUUCACCGUUCAGGAUGGGAAGAAAGUCCAGCUAUAUCCUGAGGAAAAUGAACCCGUACACAUACUUAACCUCAAGAGAGGCAUUAUCUCGGCUCUUAUAGUGCCAAUGGAGACAGAAGACAAUGUCCGUACACUUUCUAUGGAUACUGUAUACGGGCAGUGUGACAGUGAGAUUGAAAUAGAAGCCAGGAAAGCCAACACAGCUGCAGAAAUUGCAGUCAGAAGAAAUCUGAAAUCCUGUGAUAACUUCAAACCCAUCAGAGACUAUGUCAGUCCAGUUGCCCUCAUUAAAGGCUUGAAUGUGCCAAUAUCCACUUUGAUAAGCAGCAACCAGCACUGCAAGUACAGCAUCGACACAAAGAAAAAGCAUGUAACUGAGGUGGUCUGCUCUGAAAAACACCUGUUCCUGCCGUCAUCAUACAAAAAUCAGUAUGGCAUGAUGGCCCAAAUCACACAAACUCUGAAGCUGGAAGAGACCCUCAAAAUCAACCACAGAGACAUGGAUGUUUCAGGCCUGCCAAGGAAAGGACUAGCUCUGGAGGGCACAGAGACCAAAUCUCUCAGGCAUGGUGAUGCUGUUUUGAAGGUCCUCCAGGAGUUGCAGAAACUUUCCAUCUCUGAGCAGAACCAGAAGAGAGCCAGCCUAUUCUACAGAUUUGUAACCGGACUGAGGGGCCUGCACAAUAGCACUCUGAGUGCCCUUGUGCCAAAGUUGGUGGAAACUUCCAGUGCGGUCACAAUUCAGGCUCUGACUCAGUGUGGUACCCCAGAGUGCUUUGGAGCUAUCCUUCAAAUACUGAGGACUGGCGGUGUCGAUCCCCUUGUGACAGAUGCUGUCACUUACAGCCUGGGGCUGCUGCCUUCUCCGUGUCCUAAAAGAAUACGAGAAAUCCUUAACAUGGCCCAGUAUAAUCCAAGCCGAGCAUCCUUUUAUGCCCUGAGCCGUGUUGUCAACAGAUUCUACGAUGAGAACAGGAUUAUAACUGAGGAAAUAAAUGAUGUUGCAAAUUUCAUGGCAUCGCUGAUUGGCAACAAGUGCCACGGGAAUGAUGAACUCAUCUACCUGACUCUGAGGGCCAUUGGCAGCAUGGGACAAGUAAUCGAAGCUGCCAAUCCUGACGUGAAACGUUCUCUAAGAUCGUGUAUGAUGAGUGACAACGCAUCACCCGCAGCCCAGAAAGCAGCCAUCCAGGCUCUUAGGAAAAUGGACAUUACUGAUGAGGAGCAAGGGACACUUGUUGACGUUUUCCAAAAGACCUCCAAUCCAGACGACAAACGUCUGACGGCUUAUCUCAUGCUGAUGAGAAACCCCUCCCAGUCGGACAUUUCCAGGGUUGUUAGAGCUCUUACAAAGGACACGAGUGAACAAGUAAAAAGCUUUGUAGCAUCACACAUUGCCAACAUCUUGGAUUCUGAUGAACCUAGCAUUCAACCGCUAAAAGACAAAAUACAGCAUGCUCUUAAAGGAGCCCAGAUUCCAACAGCCAAGGCCUUCCAAAGAUUUUCAAGAAAUUACCGGGUUUCCAAGACAUUUCCAAUGGCAUGGUUAGAUCCACUUUCAGCAAAAGUGGAAGGAAAUCUGCUAUUUGAUUCCAAUAGCUAUGUUCCCAAGGACGCUAUGCUAAAAACCACACUGCAAAUGUAUGGAUUUAGUCCUAUGGAUAUUUUUGAGAUUGGCUUGGAAGGAAAAGGCUUUGAGCCAACGCUAGAAGCCAUGUUUGGACCAAAAGGGUUUUUCCCCGAUAGUGUCACCAAAGCUUUAUACUGGGUCGAUGGCAAGGUGCCAGAUGGGGUUUCCAAGGCACUCUUUGAGUAUUUCGAGUACUCCAAAGAUGGAAAAGAGGAUCAGAAUAUCAUGAAAGGGAUCAUGCUUAAUUUUGAGAAGCUCAUCAAAGAUAUGGCUACCAGAGAAACACCUGAAGCUACAGCCUUCCUCAGAAUCCUUGGCGAAGAGGUCGGAUACCUGAAACUUAGUGAUUUUAAGCUCUUGGGAAAUAUGAUCCUGAAAAGCUUUAAAACUUUGCAGAGCAUCCCAGAAAAGAUUGCCCAUGCCAUCUCAAAGGGGACUGAGAAAGAUUUAUUUGUUCACUACAUCUUCAUGGACAACGAAUUUGAGUUGCCAACAGGCACAGGGCUACAACUACAUGUCGCUUUGUCUGGAGUAGCCACCCCAGGAGCUAAAUUCGGAAUGAAAAUUGCUCAAAAGAAUAUGCAAGCAGAACUGAUUGCUAAACCAUCAGUGGCAGUUGAGUUUAUAACUCAUGUCGGCGUGAACAUUCCUGAGUUUGCUAGAAAUGGUGUGCAAAUGAACACCAAUCUCUACCAUGAGUCUGGCAUUGAGGCCAAGCUUGCAGUGAGAGCCGGGCAGCUGAAGUUCAGAAUUCCUGCUCCAGCCACACAGCUCUUCAGCAUCAGCAAUGCCUUGCAUUUGGUCACCCCGACCCGAAUGGAAGUGAUUCCCCCUUUGAUUGAGAACAGAGAGUCCCAGAGAUCAUGCAGGCCCUUCUUUGUUGGCCUAGAACUGUGUACCAGAAUAGAAUACUCUAAUGCCAGCACCUCAGAAGCAGCACCCUACUACCCUCUCACUGGGAAUACCAGGUACGAAAUUGAAAUACAACCGUCUGGGGAAGUAACAGAAUAUACCGCAAGUGCUAAUUAUGAAAUAAGGAAAGAAGGAGCAGAUCUGCUUGACACCUUGAAAUUCAUUGUUCAGGCAGAAGGUGCAAAAGAUUGUGAAGCCACGCUGACCUUCAGCUACAACCGAGGCAAAAGGAUGCUCACCAGUGACCUCCAGGUCCUCCACUCCAAUAUUGAUUUUGGUACCAACUUCAGAAUUACUGAUGAGUCUUCUCAGGACAGGAAAGCGUACAUGUUUAUUUUAGACAUCAUCAACAAGAAAAUUCCUGAAGUUACUCUGUCAGGACGUCUAGGUUACGCUGAUGGAAGAGAGUUACUGCUGGGAGCUGUGAUCUCUAUUCCUCGCCUGCAGACUCAAGCUAGAACAGAAGCGUUGCUGCAACAUUCGUCUAAUGGGAUAGCUGUUCAGAUUGAUUCUUCGGCCACAUCUUCUGGUUCCUCCAUUUCAGAAAGAGUUAUGCUUCGAUACGACAAUGAGAAAGUUGAUAUCCAGUGGAAUUCAGGCUCCAGUGCUGCCCUGAAGAAAAUGUCAGCCAACAUACCUGUAGACUUUGGGGAUUAUUCGAAGGCUUUGCAGAACCGUGUCAACGAACUACUGGAUAGCAAAGUACACUAUUCCGAUAUGACACUCCGACAUAUUCUCUCAGGUUUAAUAGGAGCAACCAACAACUGGCUGCAACAAGCAUCCAGGGAUGUUCCAUAUGCCCAAACGCUACAAGAUAAAUUAAGUGGACUUAAGAAACUAAAUUUUCAGAGUCUACCUGUUAUCACCAUUCCUGAAGAAAUUUUCUUGAACAGCGAUGGCCAGUUUAAGUACAUUUGGAACAAGGAGAGCACUACCAUUACAGUUCCACUGCCAUUUGGUGGCAAAUCAUCCGAUGACCUGAGGGUACCCAGGACUGUAAAGACACCGGCGUUGGUAAUGCAACCACUGGCAAUCAACAUGCCAUCGCAAGAGUACAGGAUUCCACCGUUCACCAUCCCCAACUCCUACACGGUUCGAAUACCUUUGCUGGGCGCUUUUGAGAUCUCUUCCAACGUGUACAGCAAUUUCUAUAACUGGUCAGCCUCUUACUCCUUGGCUAAUAACACAAAGGAUACAUAUGGCCUCAGAACAAACUACCACAUCAGAGCAGACUCUGUUUUGGAGCUACUUUCAUACAAUAUACAAGGUCAGGGAGAAGCAAGUUAUGACCAAAACAUGUUCACCUGUGCUUACCUCAGCUCCGUGCAACACAGACUCCUCAAUGCCAAUUUUAAAUUCAACAAGGCAGACACAUACGGACUCACUCCCAGUGCCAGAAGUACCAUUUGGCUUGAGACGUCCAGUCCACUGGGUGCCCAGUUUUCCUUGUCUGCUGACCAUGAUUUCAAGUACAGUAACCGCUUGUUCACUGAAAAUCUAAAACUGGAAGGUCAACUGAAAGUCGCUUCAGCCAUUGCUAAAACCACAUACGCGCUGUCAAGUAACUAUGAUGCAAACAGCCGUGUGUUGGCAGGGGAAUCGGAUUUGAAGUUCGACUCUUCCUACCUUCAGGCUACCAACAAGAUGACUGGCAGGCAGACCGCUGAUGCGUGGACCAUCACAUCCGUCUCGGAUGUACAGAAGGGAUUUCUGACAAACACCGCUUCCUUGAAGUAUGAAAACAGCCAGUUGAAGCUGACAUCUGAGACAACUGGAAGGCACGGAAACUUUGCAGCUCUAAACAAGUUUGACGUAGCCAUCGCCAAGCGAGGGGCCUCAUUCCGCUCUGAGUACCAGGCCAGUUACCUACAGAACCGAUACUAUACCCUGCUUUUGGGCUCCGUUAAUAGCCAAGGUCUCGAGCUGAACGCUGACAUUUCUGCAAGCGGCGAAAGGAACAAGGCGGCUCAUAAAUGCUCGUUAACUGUUAACGGGAAUGGUCUGGCUAGCAGUGCAACCACAAACCUGCUGUUUAGUCCACUGACACUGGAGAAUAAAAUGAGCGCCCAGGUUGGCCCUGCGGGAACUACCAUGGCCAUUAACGGUAUUGGACGCUAUGGUGCCCUCAGAAGGGACCUCUUUCCCAGCUGGUGAGCGGCUGUCACAGAAAUAAUGCUUGGAAGUGUCUAUCAAAGCAGCCUUUGGGAUGUGGAUGGCAAGAACGUCUUAAACUUCAGGUUGAAUAAAGAAGGACUCAAGUUUUCAAAUAGCUUGAUGGGAUCAUACAAAGAAAUGAAGCUCGAACAUUCUCACAAUCUGAACAUUGCAGGCCUGUCGUUGACCUAUGCAUCAAAUUUAGAGAAUGCCAUCUGCCCAGAGAGAUUUCAUAAGCAUCAUUUUGACUUCCAGCUGCAACCCUACACUCUCACAGCCAGUGUGAACAACUACUUCAAGUAUGGCGAUGCUGACUUAGCCAACACCGCUCAGUUGCAGCUUGAACCACUAAAGGUAAAUUUGGGUGGCAAUGUUAAAAGUGCUUACAGAGCCGAUGAAGUGAAACACACAUACACCUUCAUGUAUGCCGACCUAGCAGCAAACUUUAAGACAGACACAGUUGCAAGCAUUCAAGGUGCAGCUCUUACCCACAGAGUUAAUCUGGAUGUUGCAGGACUCUCCACUUCAGUCAGCAUCAACACAAACUGUGACUCAAAGUCCUUGCGAUUUUCUAAUGUAAUACGAUCUCUUGUGGCCCCAUUUACAGUCACUGUUGACAUGCAUACCAAUGGUGAUGGAAGUCUUGUGGUCAUGGGAGAUCAUACAGGACAGCUGUACAACAAAUUCCUGCUCAAAGCGGAACCUCUUGCUUUUACCUUUUCUCAUGAUUACAGGGGAUCCACCAUGCACAGCUUAAAUUCAGGAAAGAAAUACAGUACACUACUUGACAACAAAGUCAAUGUCCUUUUUACCCCAUCCGAACAAAAAAGUGCCUGGAAACUAAAGAGUCAGCUGAACAAUAAUGUGUACACACAGGAUCUUAGUGCUGUCAAUGAUGCUGAAAGGAUAGGUGUAGAAAUGAGUGGACAAACUUUAGUAGACCUUUCUGUACUGGACUUCCCUAUUAGUGUGCCAUUUGUGAAUACUCAAAGGAUCAAUGUAAUUGACACGCUGGGUCUAAGAGAAGUUGUAGCUAACCCCCAAGAAUUCAGUCUUGCUCUUUCUGUGAAGUAUGAUAAGAACACAGAUGUACAUGUCAUCAAUCUGCCAUUCAUGGAAAAUCUACCUGCUUAUUUUGAGAAAAUCAGGCAUUCAAUUUUAUCUGCACUAAAGUCUAUUCAGAAGACCCUGAAGAACAUAAAUAUCGAUCAGCAAGUGAGAAAAUACAGGGCAGCAUUAGACAAGUUCCCCCAGAAAGUUAAUGACUAUGUGAAUACUUUCAAUUUGGAAAGCAGAGUGAACAAGCUAAAAGAGACACUGGAUGCUUUCAUAAGGGAUUAUACCAUAGGAGUAGAUGACCUUCAUCUUGCUUUGGAAAAUGUCAAGAAUAACCUUCAGGAAGCUUUCGCCCAGCUGCAGACUCUCCUGUUAGAAGCUGAAAAGUAUAUCAAAGAGAACUAUGAUCAAUAUAGCCUGAGAGCAGCUAUUGUGCAACUUGUAGAGAGAAUUGUUGAAAAAAUUAAAGUUAUUGAUAGACAAUACCAAAUCAGUGCAAAAACAAUUGACACUAUUCAGCAGCUACAAAAAGCCAUCUCUCAGUUUGAUGCCAGAAACAUUGGAAGCAGCACUGCAGCUUGGGUCCAGAAUAUGGAGGCUGAGUAUAAAAUCAAAGCUCAGGUGCAAGAUAAACUGGAUGAAAUUAAGAGCCAGAUUGAAAGUAUCGAUGUCAGUCGUAUUGCAGAUAAUUUGAAGCAUCAGAUUGAAACAAUUGACCUCAGACUGGUUAUAGAAAGACUACAAGUGUCCUAUCCAGUUCAAAAACUGAACCAAAUUCUUGAACAAGUCAAAGACAUUCUUAUCAAUUUUAUAGAGGAUUAUGAGAUAUCUGAGAAAAUCAACGUACUCCGGGGUAAAAUCCAUGAACUGAUAGUAAACUAUAAAGUGGAUCAGCAGGCCAGAGUUCUACUGGACAAACUUGUAGAGGUUUAUAACCAGCACAAAGUCAAAGAAACAGUUCAAAAAUUAACCAUGUCUUUGAGAAAACUUGACAUAAAGUUAUUCUUCAAUCAAAUACUGAAAUCAAUUGAUGAUGCUGUUAACUGGCUCCAAACAUUUGAUUACCAAAAUCUGGUGGAUGAAGUCAACAAAUUUCUCAAUGGUGCUAUAAAGAAACUGAAGCAUUUUGAUUACAACAAGUUUGUAGAUGAAGCAAACAACAAAAUCCGGGAAAUAACACAGAAGAUCAAUGAGGAAAUCAGAGCCUUAGAACUGCCACAGAAACUCGAAGCUGCAAAACAAUAUCUCAGAGACGUUGCUGUUGUGGUUUCACAGUAUGCAGAGAAAUUGAAAGAAACUAGACUUGCAAUAAUAUUUGACUGGUUCAAUGAUCUCCUAAGCUCUACAGCAUUAAGGGAUCUUAAAACGAAGAUACGUGAUUAUCUGGAAGAUGUCCGUAGUAGAAUUUAUCAAAUGGAUAUCCCAAAGGAAUGCCAGAGGUAUCUUGAGAAGGCAAGCGAGUUGUACAAUACAAUAGUCAACUACAUAGUUCAUCAAUGGCACAUUGCCUCAAAGAAGAUUACCCAUUUGGCUGAACAAUAUGAUAUUAAAAAUAUAGCUGAUAAGUUGAACCACUUUGUUGAAUCUGGUUUUAUAGUCCCUGAAAUCAGAACAGGAAUAAUCAAUGUACCUGCCUUUGAAGUAAGCCUCCGGGCCCUACGGGAAGCAACAUUUCAAACACCAGAUUUUAUGAUUCCUCUAACUGACCUGCGUGUCCCCUCAUAUCAGGUAAAUUUCAAGAACUUAAAAGAAAUCAGAAUUCCAAUCAGAUUUACAACACCUGAAUUUACUAUCUUAAAUACCUUUACGAUUCCUUCUUAUACCAUUGAUUUGAAUGAAAUCAAAGUGAAGAUGGUGAAGAUGAUUGAUCAAAUUAUUUCAAGUGACUUUCAGCUGCCAGCAGCUGAUGUGUAUUUCAAAGACCUAAGGAUGAACGACAUGCCCUUUUCUGAUUUCUCUUUCCCAGAUAUGAAUUUGCCCGAGUUACAAAUACCUGAAUUAGUGAUCCCAAAGCUCAAUCUCAAUGAAUUCCAGUUUCCAGAUAUACAGAUACCAGAAUUCCAGCUCCCACGUAUUCCACACACCGUGACUGUCCCAGCAUUUGGUCAGCUGUCUGGUACUUUCCGAGCAACCUCCCCCUUCUUUACACUGAAUACUAAUGUUGGCUUUCAAAAUAUCACAACUUUUGCCCACAGCCCAGAAUUUGUGGCCUCAGUUUCAGCUCUAGCAACGUCCAAAUAUGACUACCUUGAUUUCACCGUAGCGGCAGAUGCUCGUCUCUCAGCUCCUGAGAUGAAACAACUCAUCUUCAAAGAGAGCCUGAAGCUCUCCCACUUGUAUCUGAAAGCUGAUCACAGUAGUGAAAUAACAUUAUUGACGACUUCUGCUCAAGGUAAUGCUGAAACGACAGUGAGCCUGCGUACCACCAAAAAUGCGGUAGAACUGCAUAACACAUUAACAGUCAGCCUGCAAAAGAAGGUUUCCAUGGAGAGCAAGUCAAUAUAUACACACAGGUUAAAUAUCCCCAAUGCCUAUUUCACUAGCCAAGCUGAACUGAGCAAUGAAAUAAAAACAGAGUUGGAAGCAGGGCGCAUAAUAGUUGCUUCCAUUGGUAAAGGGAACUGGAAAUGGGAUGCUCUUGAUUACUCUGAUGAAGGAACCCAUGACUCAAGUGUCAGCUUCACCAUAGGAGGGCCUGUGGCUGCACUUGUGGUGGAAAACAAGGUGAAUGAUAAGUACUUGAAGGUUAACCAGAGAUUGCAGUACGAAUAUCGCUUACCAAGUGCCGCAAGCCUUCAGGUUGUAUCUACAGUAGAAUCUCCACAAUUGGGGCUCAGUGUCUUAAACAUGUACGGCUUAGGAGAUCUUGCAAAGAUGAGAACUGAACUAACUGGUACACACGAUCUGAAACUGAAUGGACGUGUCACUGGAACUGUAAAAAACAACAUGGCCUUCUUGUUGCAGCCCUUUGAAAUUCGAGCAUCAACAGAAAAUGAAGGGAAUGUAAAAAUUAGCUUCCCAUUGACACUGGUUGGCAAAAUUGACUUCCGGAACAACUAUGGCUUGAUGUUGAGUCCUUCAAGUCAACAAGUCAGCUGGGCAGCUGAUGGAAGAUUUAACCAAUACAGAUAUGCCCACAACAUCUCUGCUGGUAACACUGCUGAUAGCAUAGAAGCUUUGGUGUCAAUGAGUGGUGAAGCCAACUUGGACUUCCUAAGCAUUGCAGUCUCCAUUCCUGAAAUCUCUGUCCCAUAUAUUAAUGCUAGAACACCUCAGGUAGUAGAAUAUUCUCUGUGGGAGGAAACAGGCCUGAAGAAUUUGCUGAAGACUACAAAGCAAUCAUUUGAUUUAAACCUGAAAGCUCAAUACAGAAAGAACAAGGAUAAGCACUCCUUUGAAAUUCCUUUAGAUGGAGUGCAGAGAGCGCUCCAGCACUACAUCGUGGCGUUCAACAAGCAUUUUGAAAGAGGUAGGGAUGACGCUUUAGUUUUCCUUACAAAUUCAUAUAACCGAGCCAAGACAAAGUUUGACCAAUACAAAGUGGAUACUUCCAUUGACAGUCUUCCACGAACCUUCAGGAUUCCAGGCUACACCAUCCCAAUGGCCAACAUUGAGGUCUCUCCGUUUACAGCUGAGCUCCCAGCUUUUGGCUAUGUGAUCCCAAAAGAAAUGAGUACUCCAAGUUUCACUAUGCCACUAGUUGGAUUUUCAGUGCCAUCGUAUACAUUAGUCCUCCCAUCGCUAGAGCUGCCUGUCCUACAUAUCCCCCAAGGCCUGCGGACACUGAAGCUUCCCAGUUAUCGAGCACACAGACCACUGAACAGAAUUUACUUUCCAGCCUUGGGAAAUAUGACUUAUGAUUUUUCAUUUAAAUCCAGUGUGAUUACCCUGAAUACAAAUGCUGGGCUUUUCAACCAAUCCGAUCUCAUUGCUCGCUUAAGUUCAUCAUCCACUUCUGUGAUCGACGCGCUACAGUAUAAACUGGAUGGAACAACCAGUCUUACAAGGCAAAGGGGGCUGAAGCUUGCAACUGCAUUAUCUGUGAACAAUAAAUUUAUACAGGGAAACCAUGACAGCACUAUCAGUCUCACAAGGAGAAACAUAGAAGCUGCAGUAACAACAGCAACAAAAAUUAACACACCAAAUCUAAAAGUGAAUUUUGGACAAGAGCUUAAGGGAAACACUAGGUCCAAGCCUAUCAUCUCUUCGGCUAUAAAUGUAAAUUACAUUGUUGACAUGCCUGCCUUUGGCACCAAUGCUAAAGGAGCAAUUGACAACAAGUACACCCUAGAAAGCAUAAUCUCUGACAUUGCUAUAGAAACUUCAACCAAUGGUUUCAUUGAUGGAGUAUUUUACAAUACAAGACCAUUUUCUGGAAAGCUGCUUCUGGAAGCAAAUGCCUUCUUAAAUGCUAAAGGUGUGCGUUCUGGUGUCAACUUUGAGUCUAGCUCUCAAGUUGAUAUCUUGAAUCUUAACCUCAAGAAUAAUAUUGCUGUCGAAGCAUCAAACCAUCGUAUUUAUGUAGUACUGGAUGGCAGCAAAGAAUAUCGUCUACAGUUUACUCCACAAUAUCAAGUGAAUGGAAAGCAUAUCUGCAAAUUAACUUCAGAAGUAACUCCUGGGAGUAUGUCAACAGUCAUUCAGAUAGAUAAUAAUAUCCUUCCUGAGACUUCAUUUAAUCAAGUUCUUUCAAUGACUCUUGGUACUGAACAUGAGAAAAUUGUUUGGAAGGGUGAAGGCCAAAUUUUCCCUCUGACACUUCAACAUCACUUGCAGUUAGCAAAUACCAAAACCGAUGUUCAAUUUGAUCUGUCUGGAUCUUUAGGAGGGCAUGUGCGGUUCCUGAAACAUAUAGUGCUGCCCAUUUAUGACAGGAGCUUAUGGGAUAUCUUGGAAUUAGAUCUCACCACGAGGCCUGAAGAGAGGCAAUAUCUAAAUACGUCAACUGCCAUACUAUAUACAAAAAGUGAAGAUGGGUAUUUUUUCCCUAUAAAUGUGAAUCGAUUGACAACUCUGCAUGUUCCCUCUUAUACCAUUGACCUGCGUGAAAUAAAGGUCCCUGAAAAGCUGAGCACCAUGCCGUUUGACAUUGGAUUCCCUUCACUGCCAAAAAUACAGUUUCCCCAAUUAGAUGUACUAACCAGCUACAUUGAUACAGCAGGAAAUAAACAUUCCUACUUUGAACUGACUGUACCUGAGUAUCUUUUGACUAUAUCCCAAUUUACUCUUCCAAAGACCAUUUCUGUUGGCAAUAAAAUUGUGGAUUUGAAUGCUGUUGCCAACAAGAUAGCUGACUUUGAUCUGCCGACAAUAACAAUUCCUGAGCAGCGGAUUGAAAUUCCAGCUUUAAAACUCACUUUGCCUGCAGGGAUUUACUUCCCCAAAUUUGGAGCUUUGAGUAGUUCUUUCAGAGUUGCUUCCCCAGUGUACAGCUUCACCGGGAACUUGGGUUUCAAAAACAAUGAAGACUCUUUUGAACGUUCCAUUGAUUUUACCGCGAAUUCACCUCUGCAGUUUCUGGAGUAUGACCUAGAUGCUUUGACCACCUACCCUUACAAAAACGGCCUCUUCACUGAAGUGACUCAAGGCACCUUCUCACAUCGUGACCUGAGUGCAGAAUAUAAAUCUAUGUUUAGAGUGCAAGGACUCAGCAUCCCCAGCUACGUAGCUUCUCUGGACAUCAUUAGCCCAACCUUUACUGAUGCCCAAGUGCGUUAUGAAGCGCAGAGCACAGGAAUUCAUUCUUCAGUGUCUUCCUCUUCUGCUGGUACUCUCGGCUUUGUUCUCAAUGAGGACUCUGAUACAAUCAAGGGAAGACUUUUCUACCGAACGCAGUCUAAUCCUCAGAAUGAUGUCGACAUUGUGAAAAGUGAGAUAUCUUUCAAACGCCCUGAUUUGAUCCAAAUCAAAGCCAACUGGGAAGAAGACAGUGCCAAGGACUUGCUCCUCAGUUUAAAAGAGAAGGUACCUAAAAUGGUCGCUGCAGUGUACAACAGCGUUAAUAAGUAUCAUCACCAGCAUAUGGGGAUGGACAUCAACACUGCUGGUUUAAAGCUGAAGGAGAAACUGAAAACUAAUGUUGACAAGACUUACAGAGGAACUUUAAAAAGUAUCAAUGAACUUGAAAACCAAGCCACUGCAAAGUAUGAAGAUAUAAUGGUAAGAACCGCAAAGAUGUAUCAAGAAGCAGCAGACCAAGCAGCCCAGCUGGACUAUGACCAAAUAAGAACCACAGUUUUUAAUACCAUAAUGGAUAUCAUACAAGUGUAUCAGCAAAAAAUGAAGCUUCUUAUAGACUCUGCCAUUGAAUUUUUGAAGGAAACCAAGUUCCAGUUGCCAGGCCUGGCCGAGAAGCAUACCGGUGAAGAACUUUUUUUGAUGGCCACUGAAAAAUUAGCAAAAGUUACAGACCUCUGCAUUUCAAAGGUGCAGGAACGAGUCGAUGCUUUGAUUAACUAUGUCAGUGAGCUAGAGUUCAAAAUUCCAGCUUCCAGCCAAAUCAUCAGAGGCUCUAAUAUACUUAAUGAAAUUAAAAUAUUUCUAAGACAUGUACAAAACAAAGCUAGUCAGAUAUUUGCCAGUCUUCAAAAAGUCGACUUUGCAGAAAAGUUAAGAGAACUGAAAGAAUUAGUUCAACAAGUCUCCCAAAAGGCAAAAGAGCUUAUCAGAAAUGUACGGUCCGAAAACUAUGAAUACAUUAUAGUCCAGGCCAAAUUAUUUUUCACAAACCUUUCAGAAAAGCUGAAGAGUUUUGCAGAGGAUAUAAAAUACCUGCUUCCUCGCUAUGUUAACAUCAUCCAGAAUACCUUGCGGAGCAUCAUCUCAAAGCUAGGAGAAUUUCUGCAAUAUCUGAAGGAUUGGCAGCAGGAAUAUUUGGACCCAAGUGUAACUGGGUGGCCCAUCAAAUACUAUGAAGUGACAGACGCAGUGAUAGCUUGGCUGAAGAGUCUUCUCAGUGCUGUGGAGGAGUGGAAUGCCACAUAUCUUGGCAAUGCUGCUAAUGUUGUGUCAUCUGUCAUGGAUCAAGUGCAAGAAUUUGCGUCCCAUGGAAAUAUCAGCAAACUCUCUGAGUCUGCUCAUGACAAGAUCCUGUAUUGGUCGGAGAUUGCUAAGAGAAGUGCUGCUGAACAAAACCAGGAGGUCAAAGCAAAGCUACAGGAGGCCUAUGAGGGCUUUAGCCAGUCCACUGAAAGACUGAUCACUGAAACCCAAAAAUUGAUCGACCUGAUGAUAGAAAAUUACACCGCAUUCCUCCAAUACCUCAAAGAGCUUCUUAACUGGUUUGAACAAUCGACAGCUGAUGCUCUGAGGCCCUAUGUGGCUAUUCGACAAGGAGAGCUCAGAAUUGACAUCCCAAAGCCUUUUGAUUGGAAGUCCAUUUAUGUCCCGCCCCAGUCUAGUGAGGAGGAUUUCAGGGAAAGAGGAGGCACUGAUCAAAGCAUCAAGCAAUGGGAAGAACUGCAGAGAUUAACUGAUCAACAAAGGGCUGCCCAGCAGACCAAGGAAAAUGUACAGAGGCAUGCCCAAUCUUGA